AGCUGCAUUAUGUAGCGCCGCGCGACUUCCCGUGUUUUGAAGCUUUCGAAGCACGUUUGAACCGUUUUUCCGUUAGCAACGGCGCGUUGCGGCGUAGGUAGUCAGCAGCGUUUAACAAGUGUAGCCUUCGGUAUUCGAGGCGUCGUGUUUAUGUUGCGUAGUCUAUCUAGCUGAGUUACGCAAGUUUUGUUAAUCCUGUCGAGCGUACAUCGGUGAAAGAGAGCUGAGCACUUGCAACUUCGCGCUUGACAUUUAUCUAUGCCGGCGUAACUGACCUGCGUCGGCCAUGAGUUGGGCGGACGCCUGGAAGGAUGGGCUUCCACCAGCUGCGCUUCGCAAGAUCGAGGCCUUCGAGCAGCAGUCGGACAGGCUGCAAAAGGACUGCCAGCAGAAGCAGAUGCAAAUAGACUAUCUUCAACAGCAGCUAGACAAGGAGAAACGCAAGAAUGACGAGGCAAAAGGGGCGACCAUGCGGGACAUACGUGGCUUGGAGACCGAGCUGGCCGACCUUAGGAACAAGUUGGCCAAAGCGCAGCAGGAACUUGCGACCAAGGAGAACCAGUACCGGCAGCUCGAGAGCCAGUCCAAGUCUGGAAACAACCAGUCGCAGUCGGAGACAGCCAUUCUCUCCACCCCGAAUGGACGCAGCAGGCUUCAGAGGUUUGGGUAUGGUGACACUCCAGCCACGCCUGACAACAGGGAGCUUCGAAACAAGAUUGCUGAACUUGAAGCCAAGCUUAGAGAGAAGCAAGAGGUCAGCCAGUCUGCUUCAAUGCCAAGUACCCCAAUGAGGGCACAGUCAUUGGAUCGCAACAACCAUGAGGCGGACCGGCUGAGAAAUGAGAACAUACAGCUUCGUGGCAAGAUUCAAGAACUCGAGCAGCGUAGCCGGCAGAUCACCCAGCAAAUGGAAUGCCAGGUGCAUAACAGUGAAGCCGCCCGCAAGACCCUGGAGCAGCGUAGCCGUGAGAAGGAGGCUUCGCUCAAGGAAGAACUGCGACUCCUGGGGCAAGAGAAUGGCAAGCUACUCAAGGAGCUCAAUGACACCCAGGUGCGUCUUCAGCAGGAGCUCACGGCAGCGACCAAAGCACUUGACGCCACCAAGGCUCAGCUGGAGCGCAGUGAAGCCAAGCUCUCCACCCAAGAGGGCCUUGUAGCGGAUUUGCGGAAACAGGUGUCCAGGCUGGAACAGCAAGAGCGGCAGUCGUCUGCCCAGUUGGCCGAUGUGAACCGAGCUCUCAAAAAUCAGGAGCAGGCUGCCAAGGCUGCCGAAUCAAAGAAUGCAAACUUGGAAGUUAAAGUUCGCGACUUGGAAACUGCCAUUGACAAUGCAAAUCGAGAGGCUCGUCAGCUAGAGAAGCAGCUGCACAAAUCUGUGCAAGAUCUGGAACGACAAUCGCAGGACUUGGUGCAGUUACAAGGCCAGUUGUCUAACACCAAGAACCAACUCCUCGCCAUGGAAAACCACAAGCAAAACCUGGAAAAAGAUCUUUCCCAGUGCCGUUCCGAGUUGCAGCGCGAGUCGACUCGGUGCCAGAACCUCGAGGCUCAGCUGCAAGAGGCGAAGCAAAAAAUCGAAGAGCUUCGGCAGGCUGUCCACCAGAGUGAUGGCAAUACGGAGCGGCUGCGGGCAGAACUUGACAGGUCGCAGCGGACCGCUGCGGACAGUGGUGUGAGAAUUCAAAAGCUGGAGUUGAAGCUGGAGGACUGUGAACGACGUGAAAGGGAAGCGUCUGAGAAAGCGUUGACCCUGGAGCGAGAAGUUCAGGACCUGCGCAAGGUUGCUGAAGAGAGUCGUGCCCUCGCUAGGACACUCCACGAAAAAGAACAGGAGGUGUCCUCCCUUACCAAAUCAAAGCAGGCCCUAGACGACACUAUAAAGCAGCUUUCGAAUGAAGUGCAGCAAAUGUCAUCGAAUAUAUUGUAUGAACAAGCGCAGGCUGCGAGCCUCGAAAAGGAAAUUGCGGUCAGCAGGGAUCUUGUUGCCAGUGCGGAGAAACUAAGAAAGGACCUUGAGGACGCUACACACCUCAGUGAUGAAAUCAAGGCUGCUUUGGAAGAUAGCGAAAAACAGAGAGAGGUUCUACGAGUAGAAUUAGCGCGUCAGAUGGCAGAAUGUGAAAAGAUACCCGCUCUCGAGAGUGCUCUCAAAGAAUCCAGGGCGCAGCUUUCCCAGAGUGAAACAAAUGUGCGAGAGCUUGAGAGCUUGCUGUCUGAAAGGGAAAGCGAGAAGAUGACUCUGCUUAAGAACCUCUCCGAGAAGGAAGCAGCCUUGAAAGAUUUUGAAAGCCAGGCCGAAACGCUGCAGAAGAAUGCCCAGCAAGUGGAAGUCGAGCUCGGGUCGGUGAUGGACCAACUGCUCAAAAGCGACAGAGCGUUGAUGGAACACGAGUUGGCCCUCAAGGAGAGGGAGGUUCUCCUCGAGGGAAUGAAGAAGGAGCUGGACGACACUGUGCAGAAGGUGCAGAACCUUGAGCAAGCAGAGGCCGAUCAUCGACGGCUUGCGGAAGAGAAAGAAGCCGAGAUCACGGCGCUGAAACAAGACAUCUCCGCAGAGAAAGAGCUCUCCAAGCUGCUGGAGCAACAAAGCGUGAGCCUCAGUGAAAUCGAAUCAUCCAAGAACGCGCUGGAGUCGGAGCUUGCGACGGCAGCCGAGAAGUAUGCUACGCUGCAGCAGGAGUACCAGCAAUGCCUUAAACUCAUCGAGUCUAAGGAUGGUGAAGUUCUUUCCCUAACUGCCUUUGUCAAGGAGAAAGAAGUCAUUGUGGAAGAACUAAAGGAGCAUAUCACAAAUGCACAAGAGAAGGAGCAGGCUUUGCUUGCAAAGACAGGCGAAGAGAAGCGAGCUCUCGAGGAGAUGCUUUCGCUGGCAACAAAAGAGAUAAGCAACCUGAAGACUGAGCUGUGCCAGGAGCUUAAACAGCACGGCGCCACUGUCGACAGGCUCGAGGCCGUGAAUGCCAAGUUUGCCGAACAGACUGAGCAGUACGCAGCAUUGGUCAAAGAAAAGAAAGAGUUGUUGUUUGCGCAGGUGGCACUGGAAGAGGAGCUUGCUUCGAGCAAGAGGAAGAUCGAGGAGCUGCAAGCGGAGCACAUCGUACUUGCCAGCCAGCUCGAAGUUAAGAGUGCCCAAGUCGACACUCUGCAGGAGAAGGUCGACAAGCUGCUCACGCACGAAGUGGCCCGUAUUCAGGGAGAGCUCUGUCAGAAAAUCUCUGAUAUCGAGGAGCUCAAGAAGACAAUCGCGGACCUUUGUGAGAAAGAGAAGGAGCUGGGCACAUUGCGGGAACAGCUGGUGGCGGCCUCAAGGCAGUGCUCGGAGUUUGAGCAGCAGUGCGAAGCUCUGAGGAACAAGUGCGAGGAGGCGACAUUGAGGGAGCAGGAACUUCGCGUCCGACUGAAUGUGUUGUCAUGCCAGCGAGAUGAAGAAACUGCUGAGCGACAGGCGUUAGAGCAUGAUCUCGUGGACAGAAAUGCGGAACGAGACGAAGGACUGCUACAGUUGGCUUCAACGCAAGGCUGCUUGGAGCAAGCACUUGUAGUUGUAACUGAAAAAGACGCCCGCAUCCGCGAGCUUGAGGACCUCGCAGCCAGCACACAGGCAGCACUGGAUGCACUGAAAGAGAAAACAGCUUCGCUCUCUCACUCUCUCAACACUGCAGACGGCAAGCUGCAAGAAGCUGAACAGAGACAGGUGCAGCUCGAAAAGCAGCUGGAAGAAAAGAAAGCUGCCAUCGCUAUGUUGGCUGAGGAACAGUCGUGUAUGAAAAAUGCAAAGGCCGAGGCUCUGGCGUUGAGGGAGAGACUGGCCGCCUUCGAGAGCCUUCAGGAAGAUGCGGAAGAGCUGAGGCAGCAGCUCGUUGAGCGUAAUGGGGAGAGAGAUGAGUUGCAUGUGACAAUGAUGCAACUGCAGAAUGAAGUUGAGGCCAGAGAACAGGAAAUAAACUUUGCCCGACAGCGGCAGCUGCAACUUGAAAGUCAGCUGGAAGAGAAGGAAGGUGUCAUGGCUGCCUUGGUUGAGGAACAGUCUCGCUUGAAAGAAGCAGAAGCCGAGGCUGUGGCUUUGAGGGAGAGACUGUUGACUUUUGAGAGCCUUCAGGAGGAUGCGGAAGAGCUGAGGCAGCAGCUUGUUGAGCGUAAUGGGGAGAGAGAUGAGUUGCAUGUGACAAUGAUGCAACUGCAGAAUGAAGUUGAGGCCAGAGAACAGGAAAUAAACUUUGCCCGACAGCGGCAGCUGCAACUUGAAAGUCAGCUGGAAGAGAAGGAAGGUGUCAUAGCUGCCUUGGUUGAGGAACAGUCUCGCAUGAAAGAAGCAGAAGCCGAGGCUGUGGCUUUGAGGGAGAGACUGGCGACAUUUGAGAGCCUUCAGGAAGAUGCGGAAGAGCUGAGGCAGCAGCUCGUUGAGCGUAAUGGGGAGAGGGAUGAGUUGCAUGUGACAAGGAUGCAACUGCAGAAUGAAGCUGAGGCCAGAGAACAGGAACUAAACUUUGCCCGACAGCGGCAGCUGCAACUUGAAAGUCAGCUGGAAGAGAAGGAACGUGUGAUGGUUCCCUUGGUUGCAGAAAAGACCUCCUUAAAGGAGACGGAGUCUGUGGUGUUCAGGGAGGGACUGACCACCCUUGAAAGCGUCCAGGAGGACGUGGAAGAGCUCAGGCGCCAGCUCGUUGAGCGAAAUGGUGAGAGGGACGAGCUAUGUGUGACAAUGAUGCGGCUGCGGAACGACGCAGCGGCUCGAGAACAAGAACUCGGCUUGGCACUCGUGGAGGCCUUGGAAAGAGAGGCGACAAAACCGCUGAGACUGCUCGAAUACAUCAGGGACUGCGACACUGCGCAGCAGCAGAGUGUCUGGUUGCCGGAAGUUGCUGCCGUACUUUUUGAGAUGUACCGGGUCGCUGUCGGAUGCCUUGAGGACCUGAGCAGCGCGUUGGAAGCUCGUCACGGGCACCUCCAGGAACGACGCCAGUGGCUUGUUGAUGCGCAAGAACAGCAUCCUGAGGAUGGGGUCGCAUGCGUGGAGUCAUCACUGCAGCAGGUGUUGGCUCAGCGGCAAGCAGUGAUGGAACGGAUUGAUAGGUUGAAGAGCCUUGCCAGUGUAGUUAAACCUUGGGCAGAGUCCCCAUCGUUCGCCCAGGUGCCAGGGGCCUUCCUUGAUUGCACUAUGCAGGACAGCACCGUUAUGGCUAAUGCAGCAAGUGACAUUAUGGAGUCCUCGGAUGAAUCUGCCAGUCUUCACCGUGCAAGUUCUUCACGUUGCCAGACUGAAGCAGCCUUGGGUGAAACUGAUUUGACCAACUUGUCCACAUGCGAGCUUACCAUGUCUUCGACCGACAGUAGUGAGGAUGAGCUGACCGAGAAGAUGGCCCACGUGUGUAACCUGCUAGCAGCACUGCGUCAAUCAUUGCAGGGCCUUCUGAAUCAGACAACGGCACCUCCUCAGGUGUUGACUAGGGUUCCACGUCUAUCACAGUAUGCCCGGCAGGUCGAAGAAGAAUACGUUGCACUGCACGAAUCUGUGGACCUCCUGAAGAGAAGGCUGCCUCGCCUCGAAGCGCAAGAAUCUCCAUGUGCUGUCAACGUGGUGUCCGAGCUGCGUGUGCAGUGUGAUGGAACCGUUGAGGCUGCUGCAUCAGUUUUCUUCUCGCCUGCUGGUGGCCAGGACAGCAGCACAGAUGAAGAAUGUUAUGCUUCUUUCGAAGAAGAACAGAGCUCUUCUGACAUGCAAGGAGGUCUGCAAGAACUCCCGUCUCGGCCAGAACCCAAGAUGGACAAGAGUGAAGCGUUGAAGGCAAAGCUUGUGGCGCUAGCAGUCAAGCUAAAUGCCUUCUUGAGAGCGCUUGCAGGGUUUGGCAGCGAGGAAGCUGUGGAUGAAAUCAGACCCGAGAUGCAAGGCGAGGAAUGUGCAAAGCUUCUCGACUACCUUGAGAUGUGGGCCACGCACUUUAACGAAUUCCUCGUACAAGUGAAAGAAACCUCAGCCGAAGUUAUGCAGAUUCUGCAUGAUGAUGCAGUUGCUGUUGAGGAUGUGAGCGAAGAUAAGCCCUUUGUGGUGACAAAAGUUGCCUUGCUUCGGCAGUUUGUGCAGUCCACUCUUCAGCAAAGGGAGGACCUCGAAAAAGGCACAUGUGCUCUCCAGCAGAGCCUUUUGGACGAGCAGGCUACAGUGAAGGCAUUGAGGCAACAGCUGGAGGAACAGGAAGAAAAGUUUGGUCAAUUAAAACUUGAACUGAUCGCCGUGGAGCAGCAGGCGAACGUGACUGCCGUAGCUGAGAGAGAAAGGUUAUGGAAGAAGAUUGAGGAGUAUCAGCUGACUGUCAAGCAGCUAAGCAGUGCACUGGAAGAGGUUGAAGACACGCUUCAGGCCACGUAUGCUGAGAAGCAAAAGUAUGAAGAAAGUGCCACGGCACUUCAGGUUCAGUGCACUAUAGCAGAAGCAGAAAACCAGAGAGUUCAGUUUGAGCUCUCGCAAGCAAAGGAUGCCAUUGAAAAGGCACAGGCUGAAAAUGACAAACUCCUCACUGAUCUCGCAGAUGCCAAAGCAGCCUCAGAAGCGAGUCUGAAGCUGACUGAGCAAGUUGACGAGCUGGAUAAGGAGCUGUCCGAAAUGAGGCGCAAGAAAAAAGAAACAGAAGAGAGACUAGAGGAUGAAAGCCGGCAGCUCGCUGCCAUGAGGUCGAGCACUGAUGAGCUGUUCGCAAGUAACAAAGUGCUUCAGGAGCGUUUUGUCACUCAAACGGAAGAGCUGCAACGCGUCAGAACAGUGCUGGAGAAUCAAGUGGCUGAGAUUCGCAGCAUUUGCAUGGCUAUGGACGUGCCUGUCACUGAAAUCUCUGCUGUCGGAGACACGGGAGUGGACUUGAGUGUGCUGAGAGACGCCCUAAGCCGAAGGCAGCAGGAAUUCAGCAGCCAGUUUCAGCAGCUGGUAGACGAAAAGUACACUGCGCUGUUGGAAGUGUCCGAGCUUCGCGAGCAGUGCUCCCAGGCACAUGCGGAGCGUGAGAGGCUCGAAGAAGAGAAGCGGACUGUGCUGCAGCAGGCUGAGGAGCAGGAGCAGGAGCUGCUCAUUUCCGAUUCCCUGCUGGAAGAGAACCGAAUGCUCCAGGCCGACGUGGACAGACUCGUGUUGAAACUGGAGGAACUGGAGGAGUUGAGAAUGCGUGUCGCUUCUCUGGAGGAAGAGAAAAACGCUCGGGACGAGCACAUUGCGUCACUCCUGGUGUUCCAGACUUCCUCAAGACAGGUGCAACUGCAGCUGACCGACAAAGAGCAGCUGAUAGCCACCCUGGAAGAGGAGCUGCAGCUUCUAAGACCCAAGGAACGCGAAAUUGAAGAACUGCGACAGCUUGUUUCUGCGUUGGAAGGCAAGCUUAAUGACUUGAAAGCACAGUACGAGGCUGCCCAGAAGGACCUUGAAGGGCUUUCCCAGUUGCAGGCGAAACUGCAGUCUGUUGAGACUUCGGAGGCCGAGCUGAAGGGGCAGGUUGAGGCACUGAAGGACCGCAAUGAACGCCAGGCGCAGGAGCUAAAGCAGCUGAUGCAUGAACAGGAAUGUCUGCAGGCCUCGGCCGAAAUGUCUAGUGGUGCUCUGCAGGUGCUGAGAGACCAGCUUGCAUUUGAGAAGGAGAACACGGCUGUUCUUACGUCAGACGUCGCUCGGCAAGUUGCAGAACAAGCAAAGCUUGAGCAGGCUCUUCAGUCUUCUCAGGAAGAAACCAGGAGACAAGCUGCCGCACAACUUGCCCUCGAAAAUAACAUUCAGCUGUUGACAGAGGAAAAAGAGUCGAUAGCAGAGAUGCUAAGAUCUGCAGAGGAGGAACACCAGUCACUCGAGUCCCUUCUGCAGGAAAGAAAUGCCAUCAAUGAGCGGCUUCAGCAGCAGUACGAGGCUGAACACGAGCGGCACGAGCAAACGAGAUUCAAUUUAGAGGAGAUUCUUGAGGAGAAGCAGCAGUACCUGCAUCAACUGAGUUUGUCCCGCGAUGAAAUCAAGGAUCUGUUGGCUUCAAAGGCAGCUCUAGAAGAGAAAGUUUCUGCAUUGUUGCAGAAGGUGGACGUUGCGACAGAAGGUCGCACCCAGGCAGAUCGUGAAGCUCAACAUAUUAGAGCCUUGCUGGACGAGAAGACGUUAAAAUCCGAACAGCUUCAACGUGACCUUCACGCAAUAAGCAUCCAGCUUGAGCAGUCAAAAAUUGAGCUGACACGUUUGGUUGCUGAACAGGAGGAACAUCUGCGCCAGAUGAAAGUCGCUCAAGAUGAAAUCGCCACGCUGUCGUCCUCAAAACUGGCUCUUGAAAACGAAGUGUCUGAGCUGUCACAGAAGUUAGAUGCCACCAAAGAGGACUGCUCUCGAGCAGAAGACAAAGUGCAGUCCAUGAAGCAGACGCUGGAGAAGAAAGCUUCGGAUAUGGAAAAACUGCAAGCGGACUUUGACGAACUUAGGGACGAACUUGAGCAGUCCAAGUCCCAGUUUGCACAAUUGGCCGCAGAGCAGAGAGAGAGUGAAAGUCAGCUGAGAAUGGCUCAAAAUGAGAUCGGCAACCUGUCAGCUUCCAAGUCGGCAUUAGAGGCUGAGGCACACACGCUGCUGCAAGAGUUGCGUGUUGCAAAAGAAAACUGUGCUCGAGUGGAAGGUGAAAUGCAGGCUUUGCAACUUUCGCUGGACAAGAAAAUGUUGGAAAUGGAAUGUGCUCAAAAAGAUUUUGUCAUGGUCAAUCAGAAGCUUCAAGAAUCUCAAUCUUUGGCAGUCGAGCAGUUGGAUAAGCAGAAGCAGCUUGAAGACCGUCUCAAGAGUGCCCAACAGGAAGCUGCAGCGGUCGCAAACGUCAAUUCAUCUCUCGAACAGCAGGUGAAGCAACUGACGACCGAGGUAGAACUGACACAACAGAAAUGCCGACAGGCUGAAGAUGAGGCAUGCAGCCUUAAGCAGUUACUAGAAGAGAAAGGCUCUGAUAUCCAGUGUAUCCAAAGUGACCUCAAGGAUGUCCGCAGUCAGCUUGAUAAGGCAUCACGUGCUAAAUCCUUACUUCAAGACGAACUGAAGAUUGCUAGUGAAAAGCUUCAGGAAAGUGUGAAAAAACACGAAGAACUUUUGGAGGCUCACAAACAGUCCAAGUCUGAGCUUCAAGUUGCCCAAGAGAAGCGGGACGAGCUAGAGGCAUUGGUUGCUUCAUUGAGGUCUCAGCUGUCCACAUCGGAGACGAGGUACAAAGAGCUUGAGUGCAAAAUAUCCACCGCAAAGGCAACCAUGAGGCGCCAGGAGAAAGAAUGCAGAGCCCUGGACGCCGAGGCUGAGAAGCUUCGCAGCAGACUGGCACAAGUUGAAACCGAGCUGCAACAAUCUGGUGGCGGCACGCGCAUUCAGGAGCUGGAAAUGGCGCUUGAAGAUGUGCGCAGGGAGCUGUCUGAGAAGCAAGAUGGUAUUGCUGAAGCUUGGAGCAAAUUGGAUUCCGUCAACAGUGAGCUGGCUCGAAGUAAAGAAUCAGUCGCCUGGCUGCGGACACGGAUGCGUACCUACAAGAGACGCAUUUCUGAACUGGAGAAGAAGCCCAGUGUCGAUGCGGACGAUGAAGAUAAAGAGCAGAGUGCAAGUGCUACUCCAGCCACGGCCACAAAGUCCAUUCCCACAGUUAUGCAGCAGCCACCCCUUGUCACGAAGCUGAGUGUCUGUGCGCAGAGCCCAUCCAAGGCAGAAUUCUGCGUGACUGUUUCAGCGCUCAGGAGCCCUGCAUCUGCGACUGGAACUCCGGCCGCAAAGCUUUUUAAGAGAACAGUGUCUCAGUCGGUUUCAACUACCAAGUCUGCCGCAGACGGUCUUCCAUCGGCUGCUUCGAAGACAGCGACAAUGAAACGGUCGCUCUUUUCUCAACCACGUACCCGUUCUCCUUCUGCUAAGCCGCGGGAUGCGACAGUCAAAGAGGCAUCCUCGACAACUCCCGUGUCGGGAAUUAUGACGAGGAACCGUCGUGCUCAAACUACAUCGCAGACUGGCCUGGGACGGGAGUCCGCAUUUCGCUCCAAGACUGCAACUCCGAAACAGCGCACUGUGCCUAAUUCAUCCUCAGCACAGGCAUCUGUCGUGGACAAAGAGAACGUCAGUGAGGCCUCCAGGGAUGACGCAGCUGCAAAGCGUAAGGCGCAAGAGUCUCCCAAAAUCCAUCCAAACACGAGGACCCGGAAGCAGUUGGCCGUUGGACUAUCUCCUUUUGGCAGGGACUCUUCAAACAUCCGACCCAGGACAGAAUCGGCAGCAUCAUUUCGUGGGCGUUCACAGAGAGUUCAGCAGCUGAAGCAGCAGGCGGCGGUUGAAAAGACUGCGCCAGCCCGAACUGCCUCUCCUCCUGCUGCUGCGAAAGCAGCAGCUCCAGUACCAAAGACUUCUGCUGCAGCAGCUCCAUUGCCAAAGACUUCUGCACCACCUCGCGGUGCUGCGACGAAGCCUGCAGCCGGCGUCAUGACACGGUCACAGCGAGCUAGCGCUGGCGCUUCAAAGUCCGCAUCAAAACCAGAGAGCAAAGGAGAGGAACAGGCCGACUGCAAAAUGCAGUAGUCCUACCUUUGUCUUUUCGUAACAUAAUUUCCAUCCCUCUUCUGUGUGCUUAUCAGCCUAUCAUAAGCCUGUGUCUAUCCGGUUAGUUUGGUGAGCGUUGCCAUUACUUUCCUUUCGCUGCUCAUUCUGUGCACUUUAGUUAUUCUCCGUCCUCGGGCAGCGCUUUUUGCAGUCAGCACAGCACUACAAGCAGUCCUAAACAGAUAAGCAAUGAAAAAGCUGAUGAAAUUGGCACUAUGUUAUCACAGCUCCUUUGUGUUGAUUCAGCAAUUACUAGGAAUCAAGACUUUGUUACUCGGCAUUGGGACUUCCUCACUUAUCGCUCUUAUUCUGUAAAGUAUUAGCAUCAGGAUGCAAACAGACAGACAAAGUGUUUGAUGUAAUGAUGCAUACGGUCGCCCGCAUUGUUAACGUCUUCUCAAGUGCCGCUGUUUGUCUUCAGUCAACGCUUUCUGAAGAAGUGUGUGGCUGAAUGAAGUGUGGUUGCAAACUCGAGGAGAGUAGGGAUGUGCUUACUGUGCAGGUUAUUUUUUAUGGACUUGCGCUGCUGCUGCCAUCAUGAAGAAGCUGGGUCAUUGUGUAUCAUCACUUAUGUGUACAGAGAAUUGUAUUGGACAUUUGGGAGACUGUAAUACAGGCACCUGUAUGUAUAUAUGGCAUGUGCAUAUCUUCGGCUUUAUUUUCUUUAAGUUUAUAUUUUUGUGUAUUUCAUCAAAAAGAUCGCCAGUUUUAGCAUCAUUUGAUCACACAAAUAUCUACCGACAUGCACUACUCGCAUUCUAAGUUAAAUAACCUUAUGCAUUUGUACGUAUUUUUAUCUGUUCUGCUGUUUGUAGACUUUCUCGCUUCAUUAAGAAUUGCGUGCAUUCGCAAUCAUGAUGUACUCCAUAAUUUCAUUGAUAUUUAAAGUUUUUCAGGUUUGAAGUUUCUGCAGAAACUCGGACCAGUCUUUUCUUAUGUGCCAAGAUAGCGUGCACCACGAUCUUGUACAGUGAACUUGCUGGUGCUGAUUCAGUGUUCAUAUCCAUUUCCAUAUUUAUUCAUUGGUCAUUCCUUUUCUUAUUGCAUUUGUUUAGGCCUGUUUAUUUUGCAAAUAAAACGGCUGUAUUUCCUGUAAAA